AAUUAACUUACCCUCCUACCCAUUGAAUGUUCCAGCUGGGCGGGUACGUUGACGGUUCCAAUAGCUUUUAGUGCCAGAACUUGGGAAUCGCCCGUGUGAAUCAUUUCACGAUUAUCAUACCUCCCAUUGCUAAGCCGCACACGAGUCGAUCAUGCCUGACUUCGACGAUCAUGGCCGCGACGAUGUGCUGCACCCCCCACCCAAGAGACGCCGCCGCGAUGACGAUGAGCGCAUCCAUAGACACAAUGACCAUUCCCGGCGACGGUCGAGAUCUCCAACAUCAGGAGAACACAGCUCAAGGCAUACUGGCGACCGUAGUAGAGAGCCCUACCGCUCUCGAGAAGGUACAGACCUGUCGAAACAUGAUGUAGCAGAUCGUCACCAUCGCCACCACCACCACCAUCACCAUCGCCACCGUCACGGCCGCCACGGCUCUCCAAACCAGUCCGCGCCUCGUCCGCAACCCGCUCAGCUUCCAUACUCUGCGCGACCGCUGUCCAAAUCAGAACUCGACGUCUUUCGGCCCCUCCUCGCACGUUAUCUUGAUGUGCAGAAAACCAAGGACAUGUCUGGCAUGGAUGAGCGCGAGAUCAAAGGUCGCUGGAAGAGCUUCAUAUCAAAGUGGAACGACGGCUCUUUGGCCAUAAGUUGGUACGAUCCAGAGCUGUUCGAGGAGACGAGACGAGAUCCGCGAUGGCAGGAUGACGGGAAACGACGACAGGAGGCUGGCAGAACACAGCGGUCACCAUCACAACACGAAGAAGCACGGGAGAGAACCAACGAGACAAAAGGCUACAGUGAUCAUGGUCCAGAGGCCGACGAAGGGGAUGAAUACGGCCCGGUGCUUCCAGGAUCUUCCCACUUAGGGGCGCGACAGGGACCGGGAAUACCCAGUCUCCAAGACCUUGAGGUGCGACGUGAGAUGAUAGAUGAGGAUCGUGAUGACAGCAUCGCUCAAUUGCGCCAAGAGCGCAAAGCAGACCGUAAGGAACAGAAAGCCAAGCUCGAGGAGCUCGUACCUCGUGCCGAAGCUGGGACGCGGGAGCGGCAGCUCGAGAAGAAAAAAGAGAUCAACGAGAAGAUGAAAGGUUUUCGCGAGCGAUCACCCGGUGCCGCCGAGGUCAAUGAUACUGAGCUCAUGGGUGGGGGUGAUACCUUAGAUGAGUACAAGCGCAUAAAGGCAUCUGCAGAGCGGAAGAAAACUGACAAGGAGAUACGGAGAGAGGAGAUACUCCGAGCGAAGGAGGAGGAGAGACAAGAGAGGCUACGAGAGUACAGGGAAAGGGAGGAUAAGGCCAUGAUUGUGCUUAAGGAACUGGCCCGGCAAAGAUUUGGAUAGGUUCAAGGUCAGAGAAAAUAUGAUACCCAACACAAUGGAAAAGACCUGAUUCAAUAUAUCAUCUCAAGCUUCUUUUUAAGCUAGAUGAGUACAGGCUGAGGAGUCUCAUCUGAUGUGUGUGACCAUAUGAACUGGAGCUCGCUGUCCAUCGGUCUAUCAUUCAUGUCAAAUAAUUCACAGUCUCCUCUAUGAUCAACUCAUUCUUCCGAUCUAUACAAUUUU